AUGUUUUCACACCAACAAACUUUGCUUUCACCAAUAAUUGGAAGUGAAUUUCUAACCACCAUCACUACAUCACAAACCAGUGAUCAUACAAGCAGUGAUGAUAAUGACCAUAACAAUCCAACCUAUAUAUUCCACUCAUGGUUUUGUCUAAUCGUUUUCAUCAUUGAUAUUAUAUUUAUUAUUGCCUCUCCUUCCAUUCCGAUAUUCCCAACUCUUUCAACCAUCAAGACAUGGUAUCGAUAUGUGAAAAGAGAACCCUCUUCCAAUAAUAAUAAUACUAAUAUUCAACAGGAAGAAGAAGUAGAGGAAUCAACAACAAACAGAACCAUUGCUAACAGUAGUGGACCUACUCAUUCCUUCACAUCUCUUCUUUCCCAAUCAAAAUUCUAUCAUGUUGAUUUGGAUUUGAGUUUGGCUUCGAUUAUUGCAUUUAUUGUUUUAUUAAUUAGUGGAACAUUGGAUUGGGAUAAUAUGAAAAUUGGGUUAAUUGGAGCUCCUGGACAACAUUUGCAACCAUACAGUAUCUUGUUAUUGUUCAUGUCAUUGUCAUAUGUUUGUGUUUCAUUGGAUAUUACUGGAUUAUUCAGUUUUAUUGCCAAUUGGAUUAUCAAAAAAUCAAAUUAUAAUGGACACAAACUGUUUAUUUGGUUUUCAUUAUUUGCAAGUGUUUUGACAAUUUUUACAUCGAAUGAUAUUGUGAUUUUGACAUUGACACCUAUUUGCUGUUAUAUGUGUUCGUGUAGUAAGAAUUUGGAUCCAACUCCGUAUGUGAUUUCUCAAUUCUUUUUGGCAAAUGUUUGGAGUGUAAUUUUGGAAAUUGGAAAUCCAACAAAUGUCAUUGUGGCCUUGGCAUAUGAUUUGAAUUUUUUGGUUUACUCUAAAUGGAUGGCUAUUCCAGCAACUGCUUCUGGAAUUGUUUGUUUCGUAUUGCUUUAUGUUUACUUUUUCAGUUCAAUUCCAACAAAGAUUGAAGUUGAAAGUCAAAACUCAGAACCUGCUGGGAAAGAAACAGUUCCAGAAGAGAAUACUACUUCGAUUGAGGAGGAAAAUCCAACUAUAGAUCAAGUGGUAGCUCAACAAUUAUCCAAUGAAGACAAAUCAAGUUUAAUAGGUCAAGGAGAAGAAAAGAAAAAUGAUUUGGACAUCAAGGCAGCCAUUAUCAAAUCAAUUGCCUUAUUGUUGUGUUUAGUGACAUUGAGUGUGACUUCCCUGAUCAAGUUUGGAGAAUCUGGAGACACCAUCCCUCCAUGGAUUGUCACUUGCUCAUUCUUUGGAUUUUCACUCAUCUACGAUGUUAUAAUGGAUACAAUUCAAUUUAUCAAGAAGAGAAGAGGAACAGUGAAAGUAUUUGAGAGUAGUAUUUGGAAAGUAUUGAAGAGAUUGCCAUGGAAAAUUAUUCCAUUCAUCUUGUCCAUGUUUACAAUCGUGCAAUUGUUGAAUUAUUAUGGAUGGACAGAUCUAUUGGCUAAGAGAGCAGCUGAAUUGAUUGUUUCUCUUUCUGGUGCUAAUAAUCCACUAGAUCAGAAACCUACAGUUCGUUCUCUUGCAGUUACUACCUUGGUAAUGAGCUACCUGUCAGCCAUCUCUUGUAACAUUAUUAACAAUCAACCAAUGACUAUUCUUUUCACAAGUGUAAUUUCAAGUAAGGAGUACAAGAUUCUUUCUCCAUUGCAAAGAAAAGGAUCAAUGUUUAGUCUCAUUUUGGGAUCUAACUUUGGAGCCAACAUUACCUUAUUCGGUGCAUUGGCAGGUAUUAUGUUUUUGAGUAUUUUGAGACAGAAUGGUAUUACUAGUAAGCAGAUUAAUUAUUUCACAUUCCUCAAAUUUGGAUUGAUAAUCACACCACUUGUCAUUCUUGUGGGUGCCUUUUUCAUUUUCAUUGAAUUGUUGCUAUUUGAAGAAUAG